AUGGCAACUUCUCAGGGAACUGCUGGUUUAACAUUCUUGAGAGGAUGCUUAAUCAAAUUGCUAAUGGUGGGAACUUUAGCGACUGUUUUUCUUACAAGUUCUUCGUUAUCGUCUGAAGAAGAUCAGUUACUUUGUAUUAGUGAAUGUACUACUUGUCCAGUUAUAUGUUCAUCACCGCCUCUAUUGUUACCUUCGUCUCCUCCAUCACCUCGGUCAUCGUCGCCCCCACCAUCACCAUCAACCAUUCACUACCCAACUCCUAAGUCUCCUACCACUCUCUCGCCACCACCACCGCGGCCACCAUCACCCAAAAAACCAACUCCAGCACAAACAUUGCCGAAACCACCACCACCACCUUCUGAAAUUUCAUGGGAAAACAUGCCACCACCAACCACCAAUGGAAAUAUACCUUCAUCCCCAUCAUCAACGACCAAUGGACCUCAUAACUAUCCAAAUCCCUACUACUACUUUUAUACAUCCGAAGCAACUCAAAUUUCGUUUCCUUAUUAUUUUGCAUCGGUCUUUCUUCUAUUUCUGGCAUGUUGUCAUCAACGUCAUGGAAUGAGUCUCUCUUGGUGCUAA